GAUCAAUCGUUUACCCAUUCCCCGGCAACGGGAGCGCUCUGCAACUGUCAGCAAAGACCGACGCCGCACGCCGCCGCCCAAAUUCUCUGCUGGUAGGGUGCCGUGCAACUUUUCAUCUCUUCCAUCUCCUCGCCAAGGAAGGAAGGAAGUAAGAGUGAAAAAGAAUUUGUCUGCUAUUUACCGUCGCCGCUUAGCUCCUCACGGCGGCUUUUGCAGACACUCGAUCACUAAUCAUCGUCACUUACUUUUUUCCAGCCUCUGGUAAGGGUAAGAAAAUAAAAUAUCAAAAUGGCGAAUAGUAAAUACGAGUAUGUGAAGUCAUUUGAAGUUGAAGAUGAGAUUGUCCUUCCCCAUGUCAUUGUUGUUCGACUUCAUGCUCGUGACUUUUUAAGAUUCUGCAAAGCUCACGAGCUAAGAAGACCUUAUGAUGAAGAAGCGUUGGAUUUGAUGAACUCAUGUGCUGAAUUUGUGCAGAGAAAAUAUCCAGAUAUACUCUUUUCUUACGGAUUCAAUGAUGAAUACAGUUUUGUCUUCAAGAAGAAAACCAAGUUCUAUGAAAGGCGAGCUAGCAAAAUUUUAUCCUUGAUUACGUCAUGUUUCACUUCAGUAUUCGUUGACAAGUGGAAAGAAUUUUUCUCGGGAAGAGAACUUAAAUAUCCUCCUUCAUUUAGUGGACAAGUUAUUGUUUGUGCAACUGUUGAUGUUCUUCAACAUUAUCUUGCAUGGAGACAACAUGAAUGUUAUAUAGCUAAUCAGUAUAGUGCUUGUUUCUGGGCGUUGGUCAGUCAUGGGAGAACUGAAAAGGAAGCCGAAGAUAUUUUGAAGGAUACCAAAAAGCAAGAGCAAAAUGAGAUGCUUCAUCAACAAUUCAAUAUCAAUUACAAUAAUCUUCCCAAAAUAUUCCGCUGGGGUUCUUGUGUCUUACUCAUGGAGGUGGAAGCUAUUGUAAAGUACGAUAAUGAUGGAUGUCCUGUUAAAAGAUUGAAAAAGCAAAUAUCAACAGUUCAUUCUCAGGAUAUAGCUAGAAGAACCUUUUGGAAUCAGAAGCCAAGUCUCGUAAAAGAACUGGGUUCUUUUGUGGAAGAUAUCAAAAGAAUCGACAAAGACUACAUAAAAUAUUUCCAAUCCGAAGCCAAGUUGAUGCCAUAUACUUGGGCGGUCAUAAGAAUCGACGGAUGCCAUUUCCACAAAUUUGCUGAUGUUCACAAGUUCGAGAAACCAAAUGAUGAACAAGCUUUGAAGUUAAUGAAUGAAUGUGCAGUUGGUGUUCUGGAUGAGUUCCGAGAAGUUAUAUUUUCAUAUGGUGUUAGUGACGAGUACAGCUUUAUAUUGAAGAGAAGCAGUCACCUUCAAAGAACAAAUCCGAGCGAUAUUGUGUCUUCUGUAGUAUCAUUAUUUACAUCCAUGUACGUGAUGAAAUGGAAGGCCUUCUUUCCGUUGACAGAUUUAGUUUGUCAGCCGUCAUUUGAUGGAAGGGUUGUCUGCUAUCCAUCAACAGAGAUCCUGCGAGAUUAUUUAUCAUGGAGGCAAGUAGAUUGCCAUAUAAACAAUCAAUAUAAUACUUGUUUCUGGAUGCUGGUUAAGUCAGGCAAAAGUAGAAGUGACGCGCAGCAGAUCUUGAAGGGUACUCAAUCACAGGAGAAAAUGGAACUGCUAGCUAAUAACUUUGGUAUUGACUACAAUACUAUAGGCGAAAUGUUACGCCUUGGUUCCUCGGCUUUCUGGGAAGAGGAGAAUGGCUGCAGCAAGAUAGUCGUACAACACUGCAACAUAAUUGAUGAUGGUUUUUGGGGAGCACAUCCUUGCAUUCUUGCUUAGCUCUUCCAAUGAUUCUGGAAUUCAGUUCAGUCAAAGGCUGAACUUGCAAGUUCACUUAUGCACACAAUGGCAAGCAAAUUGCUUCUGAAAGGUGCACUAAAGUGCAAUAAGUUGAUUGCAGGCUGCCAACUACAGGUCAAUGGUGCAUGAAGAUAUUUUAUGGAGAUCGCUAUCUCAAAGUUACCAUGAGUAUUGAGUAAGCUAAUAUGCUAGCCUCGCUUUACAAAUUAAGGUGCUGAGUGUAUUGGCUGAGAACUAUGCCCUAGAACACUCUACUACUGAGGAAUUUGUACUCUAUAAUCCUUUGACAUUAAUGUUGUGACAUUUC